AUGGAGUUUUCGACGGAAAGCUGGGCCUUCGAGACGCAGGACACGCAGACGCACACUGCGGGCGGGGGCUCGGACUUUGAGCUUUCCACCAUUCGCGACGGCUCUCUGCGGCAGCAGCAGCAGCAGCAGCAGCAACGGGGCCAGCGAGGCAGCAAAGGGAAGCAGCGCGGGAGUUCUCUGGCGGGCGACGAGGUUGCGGGGACGGAGUCGGAGGGGGCGACGCUGGAGACGGGGGCAACAGCAGCAACAGCAGCAGCAGCAGCAGCAAAAAGCAUCUCUGCGCGCCGCUCGCGCUGGAGGGGACGCGUGGGCCUCUCCCUCGUGCUGCUGGGAGCAGCACUGAUGGCCCUGGCCAGCAGAGCCCGCAGCAGAAGAGCCACAAGCUGGACGCAGCAGCAGCUGGAUUCUGCUGCUGCUGCUGCAGUUGUGGACGAGGCGUACAGACAGCUGGCGGGCUCGGGGAACGUGUUCAACCUCACGGACCCGCAGCUGGUGCGGCACGACCCUGCAGCAGCAGCAGCAGCAGCAGCAGCGGAGGACAGCUUGCUGGACACUCUGCGGCAAGUCUGCUUCUGGCGCAGCAAAGAAAGCUUCCCGAGAAGUCUGGCCAACUCGAUUGUUGCUGCAGGGACGGGAGCAGCAGCAGUGGCAGCAGCAGGGCCCGCUGAGCAGGCCUCGCGCGUCGCCGGAGCAGCAGCAGCAGCAGCAGCGCCAGCAGCAGCAGCAAGGCUCACCGCAGCUCCUGCUGCUUGGCAGCUGGUGCAGCUGCGGGGGCUGCGGCUCUUCGAAGAAGUGUUGCAGCUGGAGACGAAGACGGGAGUGGCUCCUUACGACCCUGUGCGUGGGGGCUUCGGCCCGGAGCAGCAGCAGCAGCAGCAGCAGCAGCAGCAGCAGCAGCAGCAGCAGCAGCAGCAGCGGGGGGACGAGGAGCAGCAGGAGGACGAGGAGCAGCAGCGGGACGAGGGGCAGCAGCAGCGGCGGGAGCUGCAGCAGCAGCAGCAGCGGCUGCCGCUGCUGUACCAGGCGCUGGAGGACUGGGCGCGGGAGAUGGAGGAGCAGCUGUUGCUGCUGCGGGAGCAGCAAGCAGCAGCAGUGCUGCAGCAGCAAAAGGGGCCGAAAAGCGGCGGAAAAAGCGGGAAAAAAGGCGGCGGCGACGGCGCUAAUGGCACUAAUGACAUUAGUGGCAUUAGUGGCACUGGUGGCGAACAAACUCCCGAAAGUUUGAUGCAAACUCCUUACUUCCGGGAGCUAAAUGAUGCCAUUUUCGUGUACGGACAGUUCCGCAAACUCGCCAGCAGCUGGUCUGCUGCAGCGCCGCCCGACGGCCUCUUCGAGAGCGACCGCCAAGUGCUGUCGCGGCGGGCGGUGUCUGCUGCAGUGUUCAGCUGCUUCGCGUCUUCGCUGUCGAAGCCCAGCAGCAGCAGCAGCAGCAGCAGCAGCAGCAGCAGCAGCAGCAAGAGCGCCGUGGAGCUCGGCCAGAACAGGUUCGUCCCCGGCUUCGUCCUCUACUUGUUCUCCAACCAGAGAGACACAACUCCUUCUUGUCUGGCGCGGCUGCGGCAGGCGCUGCAGCUGCUGGGGCCGCCGCCGUUUGCUGCUGCGGGGCAGCAGCAGCAGCAGCUGCAGCAGCUCGUCGACGCGGGGCUGCAGUUCGCGGCCAAGCGCAGACGCGCGGGAGAGCUGCAUGCAGAGCUCGAGUUCCUGGAGGCCAACUUGGAGCCGCAGGGGGCUGCUGCAGCAGCAGACGGGGUCCUCCUGGCGCGGCUGCAGCAGCAGCGAGCAGCAAAAGCUGCUGCAGCAAGGACUGAACUCCAGGCCCUGCUGCGGGAACUCUUCGUCGUCGAGCUGCAGACAGACUUGGCCCUGGCCACCUUCGACGUGGGCAAGCUGCAGCAGCAGUUUGCUGCUGCGCUGCGGCGCGUGGAGGCGGCCGCGGCGCCCGGCGCAGCAACUGCAGCAGCAGCAGCAGCAGCAGCAGCAGAAGCAGCAGAAGCAGCAGCAGCGGCGCUCCGCGCCGCCAAACAAGACCUCGCAGCAGGCCUCGACCGCCAGGGCACCACGGCCUCCGCCUGGAUCAAAAGACUCGAAAGAAAUGCGAAAGAAGCAGCAGCAGCAAACCUGAGUCCGCUGAGUCCCGAAGAAGCAGCAAAACUCAAGACCUUCAUGCAGCACUUUGCAAACAGGGCGCUGCUGCACAAGGCCCUGCUGCACCUCCGAGCUGCUGCAGCAACGGGCGCGCAGGAGCCCGGAGCAGCAGAAAAUCUGGCCAAGACGAAGUCCCUUGCUGCUCUGGCCCACGUGAACAUCACUUCUGCUGCUAGGGGCCCGCUGCAGCAGCAGGGCAUCCUCCCCUCCUGGAUCGGCUGUUCGGAUGAGGAGCCUUUCUUCAGAAGCGUUUAA